AUGCCAACACUCAAACGCGACCGCGAAGCCAUGGACGACGACGACGGUUCAAGGAAGAAGAUGAAGACAUCCCCUGUCGAUGCAACACACAUCCCUCACUCAGUCAUGGAUCUGACCGCCGACGAGCCACAAACGAUACCUGGGGCCGCCAUUCCUUCAUCACAAGAGCUUCAAACCUUGAAGACACUACGAGGCGACUUUGACGAUAUCCGACAGCUCAUCACCUGCAAAAUCUGCGAACGCCUUCUCUACGAACCUUACGUUAUCUCAUGCGGCCACACGUAUUGCUACAGCUGUCUCUGCACAUGGUUCGCCACCAGCAAGAAAAAGACAUGUCCCAAUUGCCGCGAAGUCAUCAAACAACCUCCAGCUCCAUCCUACGUCAUUCGAGAAAUGAUUAAUAUCUUCCUGCGCAGCCACAAUCUCCUACCCGAUGGCGAAUCCCUGGAACAACACCAGCAAUGGGCUUUUGAAGAGGCUGAGAUGGUGCGCAACGACAAGAACAACAAAGAUACGAAAACUGGCGGCCUGUUCAAGAGCAUCUUCCGCCCUCGUCGCGCCAGGUUGCUACCCAUCCAUGAUCCCACCGACCAUGUCGAUAGAUGUCCACGAUGCCACCACGAGAUUGAAGAUGGAAUGUGCAACAACUGUGGUGUCCAUAUGGAUUCCUGGAGCACCACCGACAGCGAAAGCAGCUCUGAUAUGCAUGGAGAGAGUAUACCAGACGAGUUCGAAGACGACGAUAUGGACGCUGAUGCCGACCACGGAGAAUUCGAUAUCGACUUUACCCCUGAAGACUACGAUGCCUGGAUGAGAGAGCAUAACAUAAUGGAUCAAGACUGGUCCGACGACUCACAGGAUGAUCCCGAGGCCGCCGCUGUACGUAGCGAGUUGGUGCGUCAAAUGGUCAAUCGACAGCGGUACCGUCAGAGGUUUCAUAGAUAUGAUCGUCCUGGUGUUGUGCAAGACGAAGCUGAAGAUGAUUUGAUGGGUUACGAUCUGGAUGAAGAAGACGAGGACGAGGAUGACGACGAGGACGCAGGCUCGAUCGACGAUUUCCUGGACGACAGAGAUGUUAAUGAUAUCACCGCCCACACCAUUAGUUCGCAAACAGCCGAAGACCCUACACCGGCCCGACGAAGGAACCGCCAUCACAACGAAGCAACUCACAGUAACUCUGACAACUCAAAUUCAGACUCAGACUCAGAGUCCGACUCUGAUUCGGAUGGCGUGCGCCACAACCCCCAGUUCCACCAUCCCACAGUGCCUGUCUACACAAUUCAAUCAGACGACGAAGAAGAAUCCACGGCAGCCGUCCCACCUCGCCGACGACGCCCUCAAGUCCUUGACCGCAUUGAGAUCGACAUAAGCGACGAAGAGCCAGUAGUAGCACCAUCUCGUCGUCGCCGUCCCGCCCGCGUGGUCGAGAGUGAAGAGGAGAGUUCAGCUUCCUCCAGUGAAAGCGAAAGCGACGACCAGGCCCCCAGAGCCUUUGCCCGCUUCCCUCGUCACCGCCCAAAUCCACCAACACUUACUCGCAGACAACCACGUGCCAUCCGUGUCAUUGACAGCGAUGACGAAGAAGUCGGCAAUACUUCAGCUGAUGACGCGCAAGAAGAACUUGCUAGUGUAGAUGAAGCAGACAACUACAGCAUCAACACCGAUGAGGUGCAUGAAGGAGCAGGCUUUUCUCCCUUGCAGCAGAGUGGAAGUGAGGACGCCAUGUCCUAUUUCAACGUCUAUGGCGAUGGAGAUGAAGGCGUGGAUGAAGUUGAUGAAGAGGAAGAGGAAGAUGAUUAUUGA